GACGGCGGCAAGGAGAAUGGAAGGUUUUAGGAAGCUGAUGUGCUCCCGGAAGUCUGGUCUGGGGUUGCUGGGGGCUUGAACAGGUGGGCAAUAACAAGCCAGUGCUAUUCGCCAGGAAUGGGUUUCGAGUUUGGGCGGGAAGACAAGCAGGCAGACAAAAUGUCAGUCUUCCAGGUCGGCAGGCUGGACAAGGGAGGGGCAGAGUUGUGAGAGAGGGGUGAGAAGGGGGCGUCUGGUGACGAGAUGCCGCGGACGAGGGGGAGGGGUGGAUGGUUUGAAGAGAAACAAACAACAGAGGAUGGAAAGCCUGCACCAAAAGGCUGCGGUAGCGCGUGAAGGAUUCUGUGAGGUGAAGAGGAGUCGUGAUGUGUUGGUGACAGCGGAUACGGGUGGUCCAACGAGAGGAAAGCAGUGGCGCGCGGCGGGAGUGUCAAAGAGAGCGGUAGACACGAACAAGAGCGUGAGAGCGUGGUGGUGGUGGUGGGGAGGACGGGACAGCAACAGAGAGGAGCGGACGCGGGAGUCAAGAGAGAGUGAGGUGACCGGGGUAUAUCUAAAGCGGCAGGGAAGCAGCGGGCGGAUGAGCUGGGAUUGGUCGUGGAGCUUCAACAGACGACGGUUUGAUUCGUUGCGCGGGCGCGUGUGGUGUAUGGUGUUCACUGCCUUAGUGCGUGCUGAGCCUGCUGCAGGAGACAGCGAAACAGAGAGACUGGACAGAGACGGAGAACGGGGCCUGCCAGGGCAGAGAAAGAGCCAAAGCGGACAAGGGGGUUGAUGAACUGCUGCCGCAGCAAUUAAUUUGCCUCUAUUGGCGUCCUUGUUUGGACGAACCGGCUCGUUGCACGCCAAAAGAAAGCGGGCAAAUUUUUGUUCUGGUUGUGACUGGCACA